AUGAUGGACAACCCUCAUGACUAUCUGAUGGCGGGCCAAAGCUCCUCCCGCCGAACCGUUGAUCCUGACAAUGCCGAUAGCUGGGUCAUGCUCAACCAGAGCGGCUUCGUCAAGCUGGGAAACGAACGCGUCCUCCUCAAGCUCGAGUCGAGAAUAUCCUGCGACCUGUCGGUCCCCCAAGAACUCCGCGCCCGCUGCACUUCAUUCCAGCGCAAGAGCGACAAGGGCACCCUGUUCCUCACCAACAAACGAAUCGUCUAUCUCCCCUCCAAGCCGACGCAAGAACCCAAGUUCGAGUCGUUCAGCGCGCCCAUUCUCAAGUUCCAGGACUCGAGCACCUCGACGUCGAUGUGGUGGGGUUGGGUGUGGAAGUCGGACUGCAUACCAGUGUCCGGCGGCGGCAUCCCGCCCGACCUGCCUCGAAUCGAGGUGAAAUUCACCUUUUCCGACGGCGGCAUGACCGACUUUAACGAGGCCUACAUCCGCCUCCGGGAGCGCCUUUUCCAGUACCAGGAAAUGCGGAGGGAAAUGGGACCCGGCGCCGACAUUCCCGAUGAGCCCCUACCCGCAUACGAGGCCCAAGGUGGCCACGCCGCCGAGCCCGCCGCCGCACCGGCGGUGUCUCGAAGUAACCGCCCGGAUAGCUCUUCCAGCCGAAGGGCACCUGACGAACCCCCACCUGACUACGACGAAGCCCAGGCACAGCAAUUGAGCAACCGGCUCGAGGAUCACAUCCGACAUAGAGUGGACAGAGGCGAACAAGAAGAGUGA